AUGGCAGGGGAGCAGGACAUCCUCGCUCGCCUGGAGGCUCUGAACAUCAGCUUCGAUAAGGUCCAGCAUGGGCCCGUCAUGACAUGCGAUGCGCAGGACAAGAAGAAUCGCCUCUUCCUUGUGACUGCCUUGGCAGAGACACCCAUCAGCCUCAAUCUUCUCUCCUUCCGGCUGGGCACUGGAAAGGGUGGCCUGCGGCUCGCGCCCGCAGAGGACGUUGUGGAGUUCCUGGGGGUGCAGCCGGGGAGCCUGACGCCCCUGGCCCUGUCAGCGCCGUCCGCUGGGGGCAUUGCCUUUCUGCUGGACGCAGGCGUGCAGGCAGCUCCCAAGAUCAUCCUCCAUCCCCUGGUGAACACCGCCAGUCUCACCCUCACGCCGUUGGAUCUCGAAGUUUUCCUCCGGUGA